GUGCAGCUCUGCCCGUCUACUCUGAGAAUCUCGUGCGUCAGUCUGUGCGUUAGAGGGGACCCACCUUAUUGAAUCAUUUAUAAGGAACCCAAAAGCUGAUCGUAAUGGGUCAAAGUUCAUCCAAAAAGGACUUCAAAGUGAAUAGUUCGAACGAGGUGUUAAGACAUGGCGAAAAAAUUAAAAAAAAGACGGCCGGAUCCAGCCCGACCGCCAGCGGAAUGUCCAAUUUGGGUUCACGGACGUCGGCGGGAUUACAAAAACAACCGGUCUCGGUAGUAAUCGACGAUAACGCCGUUGCCAUGACGACCAAUCAAGCCCAAAGCAACAGCGAGGAGGCAGCUAAAGAUGCCAAACAGAAGGCCGCCCUUUCGCCCGAAGACAGUGAAGAAUCACCUAAUGCUGCUCAGAGCGGGAUUAUGGGAGUGCGGCCGAGACGAGGCGGCAUUUCGAGCGAAACGAUGACGGAGGAAGAUGCUACCAACUACGUCAAGAAAGUAGUACCAAAAGAUUUCAAGACUAUGGAUGCACUAGCCAAAGCCAUCGCCAAGAACGUGCUCUUUUCACAUCUGGAUGAAAACGAACGUCCCGAUAUCCUUGACGCCAUGUUCCCGGUCAGUGCGCACUCUGGAGAAGUCAUCAUCCAGCAAGGCGACGAAGGAGACAACUUUUAUGUCAUCGAUCAGGGCGAAGUCGAGGUCUUUGUAGAUGGUAAUAUGGUCACCGUGAUUGGAGAAGGAGGCAGUUUCGGUGAGCUUGCCCUGAUUUACGGCACGCCACGAGCCGCCACAGUCAAAGCAAAAACGGACGUUAAACUGUGGGGUCUCGAUCGCGAUUCGUACCGACGUAUCCUUAUGGGAUCUACCAUCAGAAAACGCAAGAUGUACGAAGAAUUCCUUUCCAAAGUCUCCAUUUUGGAAUCUCUGGAGAAAUGGGAGCGGUACACGGUAGCCGACGCAUUGGAACCUUGCAGUUUCGAAGAUGGCGAGACGAUCGUCAAGCAAGGCGAACCGGGUGACGAUUUCUACAUCAUCGUUGAAGGGAGGGCCGUCGUAAUGCAGCAACGAAGCGGCGGUGCAGCUGAAGCCGAGCCCGCCGUCGAAGUGGGUCAUUUGGGUCCCUCCGAUUACUUUGGUGAAAUUGCCCUGUUGCUGGAUCGGCCGCGAGCUGCCACCGUCAUUGCCAAAGGACCGCUCAAAUGUGUCAAACUCGACCGGGCAAGAUUUGAGCGCGUGCUGGGUCUCUGCGCAGACAUUCUCAAGCGCAACAUCCAGCUGUAUCACAGCUUCGUCUCCUUGUCUGUUUAGAAAGAUGCGUGACAGAGAGAGAGAAAGAGAGAGAGUAAUGUUUACAACAUAAAGAAAGGAGGAGGAGGAGGAAAACACGUUUGCUGUUGUUGUUGUAUUUUGAUAGCAGCACACACGUACUCCCACUCCCGAGAAAAAUGCGCCAGAUAGACAUGUGUGUGGCAAAAAGGUUUAAAAAGAAAGAAACAGCGAAUAGCGUUAGAAAAAAGAAAGAAUUCGUAUUUUUUCUUCCCCAUUUCUCCUAAAAGUUGAUUAAUAUAAAACACGCGUUUAAACAAAAAAAAUAAUUGCAGCUCCUAACCAAAUAGUUGCCGUUUCGUGCUUCUUCUAAAGGGGCGGGAGCGCUUCAGUAUUUGAAAAAAGAAAGGCUAUUUAAAAAAAGAAUUAGGAUUUUCCCUUUUUUUCGUCUUUUAAAAACAAAUGAGUACCGCAUUUAACACCUAAUUUCACGAUUCGCUAAUGAUUUCCCAACUUAAAGUUAAUCGGCCGCUGUUUCUUUUGUUAAUUCUCCUCUUAUGAUUUAUUAUUAUUAUUUUUUUUUUUUUAGAAGUGAAAUUUGGAAAAAGAAGAACCUAAUUUUGGAUUGUGAACUAUUUUUAAAGGGGAAAUUGGUUAAUUAUUUUUUGUUUUUCAAUUAAUUUCUAUUUUGUCCCAUAUUUUCCAAGGGAACAGCUACAAAAUGGUUUGCGAAUAGAAACUCUUUUCCUGAUGUCUUUAUAUUGAAAACAAAAAAUUGCUUUCUAUCUGGCCCAGGUGGCCAGUUUGGCAUCCAUUAAAUCAGCAGUUAAAGCAACGCCAUGGACAACCAAGUUCUUUUUUUCUUUGAUUUUUUUUUUUUUUUGAGAAAGUUUCUGCUGGUCGGAAAUCUUUUCAAAAAAAAAAAAAAAAAGAGAAAAUAGGAGGGGCUUGUUUGUCUGCGGGUAUCCUUUUAGUUUUCUUAUUCGGCGUUCCGUGACAUUGAAAUAUUCAUAAAAACAUUUUUUUUUUUUCAGUUACAAAAAUUUAAAUCAUUUCGCUAGGGCAAACAUUAAUGGGCGGGGGGUUUAGAUGUCAAAAGUGUUAUGACGCAAUAGCGUCAUUCGGCUGAAUUCUUGAGAAGAAAAAAAAAAUUACAUGGAGAGGAGAAAUUAACUGAAAUUAACUUUAUGCCAAUCGAGGAAUUGAUAAUUGAAAGUUGUGAACUAUGCAGUUGGGAAGCCGCCAUCUUUUGUUCUUAGAUUAUUCGUUCGACCUCUCGUUACUGCACCUAUGCCAUCUGAAAAAAAAAAUGUGUUUUUUUUUUCAUCAAAAAAUUACAAAUUGAACUUAUACACACAACAUAAAUUUUUAUCCGAAGCUCGAUCCCGCCCCCACCGCUCUUUCGUGUCAUACAGAAAUGUAUAUUCAUUCUUAGCUUUUCCUUUGUUCAUGGCCUCCCAGUGCACACCAAACGCUAUUCACAUCACGAACGAUGCUCCCUCCUCUGGUUCUCUAUCCGUUCUUUAUUUUUUUGUUGGUUUUUUACACAACAUUUAUUUACUAUUCUCUUGUUUCUGUUUUGUUUUUCUUCACCUCUCUCUAUUUCUCUCUCGCAGAUUAUAUAUAACUGUAAUGUGUACCAUUAAUUCUUUUUUUUUCUGUCCAAGUCUUUUUUUUUUUUUUGUGUAUUUGUGUCAUCGUUCAAUUUCGGUUCAAAUUCAAAACAUCCGAAAUCUUUUGUGUUCGUCUCUCUUCGUACGUGUUGGAACAAACUCUCUUCCUCUUUUUAUGCCCUUCGGAUAAAACUAACAGAAAUUUUUCUUGAAUAUUCGUUUUCUGCCUUUCGAAUUUUUUGGAAUUUCAUUUGUGCAAUUUUUCAUUUAAUUAUUAUUAACUAAAGCUAUUAAUAAGAUUUAAACGAGAUAAAACAUUAAAGAUAAGUAAAAAAAGAUAAACGAAUUGAAACCAUAAAAAAAAUUACAAUUAAUUUUACGUUUCGUCUGUUUGGAUGGACUCGUGUAACGUGACCCGUGUAAAUGCCGCCUCUUUACUUCCCAGUUUUGCGUAGCUGUCAUCCUUUCUCUUUGGAUUGGCUUUUUGUUAUUAAUACUUUCAUUCUAUCCCUUCUGUCUUAGCAUAACCCUCUAACAAAAAUACCUGGGUAGGAAUUUUUACCUUUUUGUAGGAAGAAUGAGGAAUUCAAAUCCCCUUCAUGUUCCUUUGGGAUAAAAAAAAAACAUUGUGUCUGUGAAACAUUAAAAGGAAGAAUAACUAAAAAAUGAAAUACAUCGCGGUUGUAUGUAAUA